AUGGACGUCGACAGUCCCGAAGACGCUCUACCACCCGCCCAGCGACUGCCUGUCGAGAUCCUCAGCUCCAUCUUCGACUUCAGCUCACCCUCCCUCGCUCCCCCUCCCCACCGACCACGCCGCGACAUCCUCGCCGAGGACGAGACUGAGCGGGCAGCUGAGCUAGCGCGCUGUGGAUCCGUCUGCAGGCAAUGGCGGGCGGCGGUUGAUGCAUUGGGCGAGGUGCACUUUGAAACCCUCACCACCGCGUCGGCAGUUGCGAACCGAGGCCGGCGGGCGAGUACGCUGACGGUGAACGUCUGGGAGGAUGAGUACAGCCGGUGGGGCUCGCUGCCGCUCUGGAUCGUACCGGACGUCGACUCGGCAACACUCGCCCUUCAUCAUCCUCUCUCGAAGCAGAAGCCGCCUGCACCCUUCCCUUGUCCCGAAUUGUACCGCUGUCAUCUUCGCGAGGUCGUGCUGCUUGGAGGCACGGAGACCUGCGUGAACUACGCCUGGAUCGAGCCGUUGCUGCAAGACGUGCCAACUCUCGAAGUCCUCCGUCUUCCCCAUGUCGACAAUCCCAGCAUCGUACACGAGACAGCCCUGGACCUCACGACUCUCCAACUCGCCAUUUUCUUCGAGUACGACAACUUGCUCCUCCACAACCUCCUCCCGCGCGCCAAGCGCCUUCGAAACCUGCACCUCACCGAUGUACCGAAGCAUGUCCAUGCGCGUAUGGAGCACGAGCCGCCCGAACUGCUCGCCAAUCUGCCGAGCGUCCUCGCAGACUUCCUCUCGCAAAUCACCUCCUUCAGUUGGCUGCUCGUCCCCCGCACUGGGCAGCUCGACAUCCUGCCGCAGCUGCUAGAACGCCUGAAGCAGGUUCGGUACCUCGAAACGGGCCUCGGCGCCUUCCGCGACGCAACUUUCGAGCACCUCCCCAAACUCGUACAUCUCCGCAACUUGCGUCUCGUCCGACACGCCGACACCCCCGCACACGAUAGAGACUCCCCGUACUGGUCGUUCGAGGCGCUCGCCGAGCAGACGGCCCUUUUUCUCAACAACGACGAGCGAGACGGCCAGGUUCUCCGGAUCGACGUGCAGGUGGAAGGGACGCUGGCGAAGUACGACGUUGCGCAGCGGAGUGCGCGCAAGUCGUUCGAGCAGGCGAUGCAGGGACUCCCGACUGCUGUCUAUCUUCUCGAGAUUAGGCUGCAUUUCUAUCAGAAGCCGUACAUCGCCUUUCCGUGA